AUGCCAUGGAGUUUUGUUGACACUAACUAUGUCUCUUACAGUUACUCAUCGCUUCUUACUGAUAUUUUAAGUGGUGUCUAUGAGUCAUGCAAAAUUGAAACACAUGGCAAUUGUAAAAGCAUCAUACUGUCCUUUGCAACUGCCUCGUCUUCAUUUGCUCUCAAGGAAGAAAUCAAAGGAGAUCCAGCGCAGGACAUUGUUAGCAAAGUAAAGGUAUUUGGAAUGCGUUACUUUAGUCUUUAUACCAAGCAUGAUGAAGCUUGCUUGACCUGCAAAGUUUUACAAAAUGAAGAUGAGUGUAACACACCACUUAACGCAUUUCAAGUAAUGAUGUCAGCGGCAGCAAAUGAAGUUGGAAAAAAUGUUCCCAAGCAAAUUGAAAGCCCCAAAAAUGGCUUAGAUCAGUUGUUCAACU